AAGGCCUCGCCCGCCCUCGCCAGCUUGGAGCUCGGAGCUCGGAGCUCGCAGCUCGCAAGCGAUCUUGCCGGUGCCAGCUGCUUUUUCGGAUCGCAUGUUCUGGCUUCCUCCCGUUGUUCGGCGCAGCGUCCCAGAACUCAGACCUGCUUCAUUCCACAGAAACUCGAACGAUGCAGCUCCUCACGCUCCUCGCCGUCGCUGCCAUGGCGACCGCCGACCACAUCACGGGCGGGUAUAGCCCAACCAAGUCCCGCGUUUCGCUCGACGCCAAGACCGACUUCUUCACGGCGGUCGGCAACGACGCGAACUACGCGCCGGCGACCAACGGCGUGCGCAUCUGCGCGACCAAGUUUGUGAGCGUCUCGCAGCAGGUCGUCGCGGGGAUCAACUACAAGUUCCGCGUCAAGGGCUGCGCGGUCGAUCGCGCGGCCAACGCCGUGAAGGACUGCGUCUGCCCCAAGGACGCGCCACGCCAAACGUACGACAUCAGCAUCUACGUGCAGGGCUGGACCGACACGUACACGGUCAACAGCAUCACGAAUGUCACGGACGCCAAGGCCGACUUGUAGUCGUCAUCAAUGGCCGCCUGUCCAUAGCCCUCGUUCGUUGUAAGCGCAAGAACAGAGGCGUGCUUGGAUGCAUGCGUCGCCUGGUGCUGACGUCCAUGCCCGACAUGCGGAAGCUACGUGCAUGCGUCCGCUCGUUCUGCUUCGCACAAGUGUGGGUAUAUGGCUGUUUACGGGUUAGAAACGUCUAGCGACGAAGAAGAGAUGAUGCAGAAGAUACGAUGCGAGCACA